AUGCGCACUGAGCCACAGAAGUUCGAGGACGUAUCUUUACGCACGGAGUCGGUGUUGAGCGGACACGGGAGCGACAGCAGCUGUGCGUCCAUGGAUCAAGCUUCAAGUGUUUGUUCCUCUUUAUCCCUGUGGAAAGUCCUCUGAAGAGUGUGGAGGAGACGUGUCCUGCCUCGCUGGAGCUCCAGGGGAGAUCACUGUUGGAUUUACCAGAGCUCAGAAGGCUUACAGCUGGAAUCUGUAGAGAUCUUCUGAAUUUCUGGCACCUUCUGUCUUCAGUAGUAGUAGUUACGCGUUUUUGAACAGUUUCUGGAUCAUAACCUGGUUUGGAAAGACCCUUUUGGAGACGUUGGAUCUGCAUUACGCACGAAAUCCUUCUAACAAAUGACAUCUUCUAAGAGGUUUGUUGCUCUCCUUCCAUCGCACCCAUCCACCGUGUCACACCUCCAGCAGGUUUAGACUCGCUGUCGCUUCCAGUGCGCCAGGGUCCCCCCCGCGGACCACCCGGGUCGAGGAUGUGGGGCGGAGGGCUCUCGGCGUCUGUCACCGUGGUCGUGACGUUCCUCCUGGUCAUCAUCAUGGAUGUGAAGGCGAGCGGGGAGUACUGCCACGGCUGGCACGACUCCCAGGGUGCCUGGAAGGAAGGGUUCCAGUGCCCGGAGAAGAUCGACGCAGCAGACUCGAUCAUCUGCUGCGGGAAAUGCGAGCUGCGCUACUGCUGCGCCAGCUCGGAGGCGCGUCUGGACCAAGGGAGCUGUGACAACGACCGGCAAGCUCAGGAGCCCGGGACCGAGGGCAAGGACAGCAAGGACUCCGGGGCAGUGCCCAUCUACGUGCCCUUCCUGAUCGUGGGCUCGGUGUUCGUGGCCUUCAUCCUGGUGGGAUCUGUGAUCGCCGUGUGCUGCUGCCGCUGCCUCCGGCCCAAGCAGGAGCUGUCGUCGGGGGGGGCGUCGGGAGGCGGGCCCGGCGGCGGCGGCGGGCGCCUCUUGGAAACCAUCCCCAUGAUGGCGAGCACUUCCAGAGGCUCGUCGUCGCGCCAGUCCAGCACGGCCACCUCGUCCAGCUCCUCCGCCCCCCCCUCCGCACCCCGCCCUGGCCCCCCCCCCCUCAUGCGGGCCCAGGCCUCUUGCUGCCUGCCGCCGGACGCCAGCGUCUUUGUCAACAUGCCCACCAACUUCUCUGUGCUCAACUGCCAGCAGGCCACCCAGAUCAUGCCUCACCAGGGGCAGUUCCUGCACCCGCAGUACAUCAGCUACGCCCACCCCCAAGCUGCGGCCUACCUGGACCCCAUCCACGGAGGAUACAGGCCCCUGCAGUCCCCGUGCCCUCCCCCCGGGGGGUCGAGUGUCACCGGCGAGCAGAAGUACCCUCCGGUGACGGUGUGACGAGGGGCCGACGUGCGGACCACUCUGCCACUUUGUUGUGAAGACUCACUUGUGACGUUGAACAUGAGAGGGCCGAGCCAGAGACCUUUCGGGGACGCUGCCAGAGUGGAAACAGAAAGGCAGGGAGUCAAACUCACAUGAAGGACUCGUGGAGCCGUUGCUGGCAGCAGGGCCUGUCCCGCUAUUGUGUGUGGUGUGUGUCUGUAAUGUGUGUGUGUGUCAUGUGACCUGUUGCCAAGUUGGAAUGAGCUAAGCUCGGUCUCUGAUGGGGGACGGUGGAUGCAUAAACAAUGUUCUGUCUUGAUGCAAAGAUCAAACUGCAUAUUGGAGAGUCCCGCUGCCCAGACGGGUGACGAUGCACAGAGACCUGCAGCCUGUGCACGUGUGUGUGUUUGCAUGUGUGUGUCUGGGAGAGUGGGGGAAAAGGUUUGUUGGCUUGUAUCUGCUUGAAUGAAUGAUGACUGGAUGAUUUAUAGCAGUGGGCUGGAUGAAAAGUGGUUAUUCAGGCAAAACAAAACUAAAUAUGACCACAUGCUCUGUUUAUGCCGUGUGUACAUGUGCACGUGUGAAUGGGUUGUGAGUGGUUUACACAACACAUGUGCACGUGUGAAUGGGUUGUGAGUGGUUUACACAAAACAGUGUGUUUGUGUUGAAGGUUUGAGGACAGACAGUGUGUGAGACGAUGUUUGUACUGUACGUGUGUGAGUUUGCGGGAGCGUGUGAAGUGUGGAGGGAUGUGGUCGUAUGAGUAACUGUGAGUGACCUGUGUG